UGGCGCAGCAUAAUGUGGAAUUUUUAGGGAAUUUUGCAAACGCUCAUAACUCAUUUGCGUGCUCUUCAGGUCGAGCAGGAUGGUGGACCUGUUGCGCGGCUCGGCGGCGGCACGCGGCCUGGCCGGCCGCACACAGGGCGCCCUCCGCUCGCGGCUGCGCUCCAUGGUGGACGGCAGUGACCGGCUGAUCCAGGGCCUCUCCAGCAAACUGGAGGACGGAGGAGACCGGCUCAUGACGCGUCUGGAGACGGCGCUGAGCCUCAGCAGCGGCGCAGACAGCGACGCCAGCGGCGCCACCGUCCGACGCACCGACGACAGCGGCGACUCGGACGCGGCCGCCGACGGCCUGCUGACGGCUGGGGACGGACACCUGCUCUCGGCUGGGGACGGACCCAGCUCGGCCUGCUCCCGGGAGAGUCUGGCGAGCAGUGGCUCGCGCUGGUCGGCGGACCGACCUCUGCGCGCCACCGGGCCUGACCCCUACGACAAGCUGCGCACGCGCUGCUCCGACGUUGCGUCGACCUCGGAGUCGGCUAGCGAAGGGGAUGGCUACGGACCCAGUACAAGUCUGGAGCUGUCAGAGGACAAGCGUCGACCUUGGCCAACGUCAGACUCGGAGGGUUCGCUGCGUUCCGUGUCCUCCGACCUGAGCGGUGAGAGCGGUGCCGACUCCGACCCGGCCACUGCCGAGAGCCGCGCCUACAUACGGCAGUUUGUCGACCGGCUGUUCAGCAGCUCGGCCGAUAUAUCGCUGGAAGAGAAGGCCCGCUUCGGGGAACUGAUGCAGACGGAGUCUGGUCGGGCGUGGUUUGCGCGCCUGGUGAACCACCAGCGCGGUCGGCACCGGUGUGUGCCAGAAUCCACCUUCUAUUCCCUGGUGCAGUACUUUGCACUGGCCCUGUUCGAAUGUGGUCAGGCGGAGGACUACGCGCCCGCCAAGUCGCUCAUGAACAUGUGCUUUACGUUCUAUCAUAAAGUGGGCUCGGACCCGAGUCAGAAGCAGUACCUGUACGAGCUGCUGGGACAACAGCCCAUCUGGCGCAGUGUGCGCUUCUGGAACGCCGCCUUCUUCGACGCCCUGCAGACGGAGCGCUCCCACCGGCCGGUGCCGACGCGGCAGCAGCUGGCCGACGGUGACGUCACCGGACCGGCCGAUGACGUCAGUUACCAACAGAACAUCACCUUCGGCCAGCUGGGCACGUUCACACACAACAUGUUCUCGUUGGGCCUGCCUCGUGAGCUCUGUCUCGAGUUUCUGAGGAAGCAGAGCGCCAUCGCCAAUCUCAGGGAAGACCAGCUGCAACUUCUCCGAGACAAUAUAGACACCAUGUACGACGGGAGUGCACGGCUGAUCACUACCGGGAAACCCUGAGGCUUCCGCAGCACCGAGCUGGUACUCAGUGACCCCACCGAACCGCUGUGGAGUCGCGAAGUUCGUCACUGCGAUCGGAAGCGGCCGCAUAUGGUGAUACAGCAGCUAGUCGGGGUAAGCCCCCACUCGUCUGUCGUUCGUGGUCGUUUGUGAGACUGCGCGGGUUUUCCGAGAGUGUGGGGUGGGUAAGAGCCAGGAGACGGCAGCAAUAUGAAGUGCAUAUGUGGAAAGGAAGUCUAGGUCCGUCCGGACUGCCCAGGUUGUCUGUAGAUGGGACUCUGCUGAUGGGCGCUAUAAGGAGCAUGGACACAUGUUGAGCUAUUUAACCUUCACCUUUAUAGCAGGAGUCACUAACGUGCACUCGGCAGGCAGGGAUGCUUGUAGAGGAGUGUAAGGGGCUUCUUAACGGAUAUUUUUCUCUACCUUUGCGUAGAUAUUUUGGGCAAAUGUCUGGUUCUCAGACAUGUAAUAUCUAUUUCCUAUUAUGGGAAGAAAUGUCUAUGAAAGUCCAAUAAUGGACUAGCUUAAUUUUUUUUUUAGGAGCACCAACAUUUUGAUUUGAUAGAUCGAACAGGGGAAAUCGUCGAACGAAAAAUGACUCAGUUCUUCUUCUCACUUUCCUUUCGGCGUCUGCAUGCUGUAGACGAAGCUUAGAUAACGGUAAAAAUAACGUCUUCUAGUCGAUUCACUGCCUUGUAGAUGCAUACUGCCGUUCUUCACGCCACGAAGUGUAGUGACUAGGCCGGGGUGAUGCUGCAGUUUCAUGCGUUUAUAACGUCAGAGAUCUUUCAACUUCUUUGUGCUAUUCCUGUUCGAGAUGAUCGUUAGCGAAACCCGCUUCGUAUGAAGCUUUCCGGGUAUGAAUCCCGCAUCGAAUGGGCACACACAGCGAUGUUGUAUACUGGAUCCCCUGUGGACUAUGCCAGCAGCCAGUCUGCUCGGUAUGACAAUUGUUUCCUCUGUCGCAUCUCUGCGUGAAAAUAGUGUUUUGAGGUAGGUUAGGUCUGCCUCGUAGUCUUUUCUUGGAGUGUUUUUUUUUCUCUUUCUUGGGUUUUCAUCAUUGUUACUUUGUUUUGCAUGAUAUUGUGCUUCGUUAACUCGCAUUUUGCUUUGUUUUCUAUGGUGUCUAGCUUUUUUUGUUAUGUUGAUAAGGGGCGAACGAAAGGAUUGCGAAUUUCCAUAGAUGACUGUCAUGGGCUUGUCCUUCUCUGUAAUAUGUAUCACUGGUGCUCCCUCGAUGCGCUAUCUUAAUAAGUCACACGCAUUUCCACCGGUUCAAUAGGACGGACAGGUUCCGCAUAUGAGCAAUAAUUACCCCAGUUCAAAGCAGCCUGCGGUCGUGAGAUGCCUUAAUUAACGCUGCGUAGAUGGCAACUCGUAUUCACUGCGCCACAUCUCCCCCCGCUGAGCUUUUGUGGUUUCCGUGGCAUUCAGUGCGUCGUGCGCAUUCCGGAAAAAUUGGGAUUCUCUUCAGCGCGCGACGCUCCUUUUAUGUACACUUUCAUGUGCCUGGUGCGUCGUUGGUGAAGGAUAUUUUUAUCAUCGGCGUGCUGUCUUUCCAAAGUUUAAUUCACCUGCGAUCAACGCUACACUGAACUUCCGGCCUGUUAGUAUCGCAAUCUCUCUGUACUCAAGCUCUUUGCUGCGUUAAACCAAUAUGCACGCAUGUUUGGAAACAGUAAGCAAUAACAGGCAGGGAGGAGCGUACUGCGAAUGAAAUCAUCGCCUGGCUGUUUCUCGUAUUCCAGUAGACUCGGUGCUCUGGGCGGUGGCCCGAGCUGUUUCGGGUGACGUGAGCUCACGCAGAUACGUGAUCUAACCGUAUGUGAUACCGUGCGUGUGCUGGGUAGUGCGGGAACGGGACGGGACUCGUGACACGUGUGUGCAUCCCUGUAAGGACGGGGAGGCUGGUGUGGUGGGUACAUCUCUAUAUUGGCCAGUCCAGUGUCCAUUCCAUAGAAUGGAGGAUGAGUGUUAGAAAGGAGUGUUGCUCUCUGAUGACGUUGUUAAUGGGUGUAAAGCUUGAAAAGUGUACUGUGUUAUUUAUUAUGCUGCUUGGUAUUGCACCAAGCUUCAACGCCGCUGCUGGUAUUGUUGAUAUAUUAUGAAAUGCUAACAUGCAAACUGGAUUGCCUCAUGCAUUUGGUUCAUUUCUGUGCAUCCGCACCGUCAGACGUGCGAAGUUUGGAAAUAAAUCGUUCCCAGGAGUGAACUUAA